UAUUUCGUCAAAGCGGCAUCGGAUGGAUACGACAUGCUCAAAGCCGAGUACUUAGGUGUGAAAGAAAUGUCGGAUACCAAAACCAUUCGAGUCCCCAAACCGAUCGCGUUGGGAUCCUACAAGGCGCAAAACAAGGCGUUUGUUGUGUUCGAGUAUCUUGACUUUGGCGGUAGUGGCUCGCAGUAUGAACUCGGUCAGCAACUGGCACGUAUGCAUCGGACCACUAAAGAUCAAGGAUUUGGAUUUCACGUCGAUAACACUAUUGGAGCGACGCGUCAACCAAAUGUGCCCUGGAUGAAGGAUUGGGCAGAUUUUUGGGAUUCCCAUCGUCUUGGACACAUGCUCAAGCUUACAGACAAUGGAGGCUUUAGCGCGAGUGACAUCGAAAAGCUGCGCCACAAAACUCGAGAUCUUUUGUCACACCAACCAAUACCGAGUUUGGUACACGGGGAUCUGUGGGGCGGCAACAAGAGCUUUUGCAGGGACGAUGGGCGUGUAGUGCCGGUGAUUUUUGAUCCAGCAACCUACUACGGGGACCGAGAAGUGGACAUUGCCAUGACGUACGUCUUUGGUGGUUUCAACGCCGACUUUCACACGGGCUACAACGAUGAAUGGCCACUGCCAGUCGGCCACGAGAAGCGAAGAACAGUUUAUAACCUCUAUCAUAUUCUCAAUCACGAAGUAUUGUUUGGAGGCAUGUAUCGUAACCAAGCACGAAGUAUGAUUCUCGAAAUUCUCCGUAUGUAAAAAGGCUUUAUCUUAACAUUUCUACUUACUUACUUU